UUUGUUUACAAAUGGCUUUUCAUGUACAACUUCUGCAAUGUCAAGUUUUCUGCGGUCCUAGAUAGCUCUUCUGCCAUUAAAUUUCUAUUCUCACUGAAAAAAAGUACAAAACAACAACUAGGACUGAAACAUGUCAGGAAAGAUUCUUCCAUUGUCUGAGUCUGUACGCUCAAAGCUGCGUUCAGGCAUCACAAUCACCUCUGUUGCCCAGUGUGUUGAAGAAAUGGUAUUGAACAGCAUUGAUGCCAAUGCCACAUGCAUUGCCAUUCGAAUCGACCCAACCAUUUUUCGAAUCCAGGUUGUUGACAAUGGUGAUGGUGUCACAGAAGAGAAUCUAAAAUUGUUAGGUAAAAGACAUGCCACAAGCAAAUGCCAUAGCUUGGAAGAUCUUAAUUCCAACCUGGGGCAUUAUGGCUUCCGAGGAGAGGCCUUGGCCAGUCUGGUGGAAGUGGCUGCCAUGUGGACAUCACCACACGACACGGGGAACAGUGCAAACACUGACCAAGAUUUUGCCUAUGGCAAAGAGAAGUCCAUCAGUGUUGCUAAAGUACCCAGGCCAAGUAUUGGAACCACAAUAACUGUCCAAGAUUUUAUGUACAACAUGCCUGUCCGGCGAAAGUUGAUGAAGGAGGCAAUUGACAUUGAGAACAUAAGAGUACGAUUGGAAAGCUUUGCCCUCAUAAAAAUAUCACUUAGUCUAAGAAAUGACAUUGGCCAGUCAAAGGUGAUGCAUACUAAUAAAUCAAACUCUACUUUGUCAACAUUCAUGCAGCUGUUUGGUUUGGAGAAGUCUCAGGGUCUAGUAGAGGUUGAACAUAUUGUUGAUCAGUUUACAGUUACAGGUUACAUCAGUGUCCAGCCACACUGA